AUGGACCUACUCCAUGUCCCAUUCUACCUUGCACCAGGCCUGGGUUUGUAUGAAAUAGAGAAACGGUUCACGUUUUGGUCGUCCCCCGAAGCUCGAGAAUGGUUCAAAGCCCGCGGCUACACACUUUAUGAGCGUUGCUGGGAAGAGGACAUGAUACUUGAUACAUCCAUACAAGCCAUUCCAUCCCAGACCGAAUGUGGUGAAGCCGAGUACCCUUACCCACACUUCGACACAGAUUGUAAUGUGGAACCCGAUGAGCCUGAUACGCCGCUCCGAGCGCGGGACAUGACCGGCAAGACAGGGUUUGCGCAAGAUGCGUUAGGUCGACAUGUCGCAAUCAAGAUUGUGCGCGCAGACACCGAAGAAUAUCACAUUUUGCGGUUUUUACAUGAACAAAGUCUGGACACACUCAAGGAAAAUAGCAUAAUCCCAGUUCUGGAACUGAUACCAAACGGGACCUUUUGGAAAUAUCAGCACAUCACCGACCGACUUCCACUUCUUGCACCACUUCUCAAUAUGAUGACCCACAGAAACCUCAAGCGCCGAUUCAGCGCAGCAGAGGCGUUGCGACUUUUUGAGGACCGAGUCGCAGAACUUUCGGACGCGAAAUUGGCAGCUGAAAUUCGUCCAACUAAAGACAGAGUGUUCAUCACGGAAUAUGAUGAUUAUGAUAGAUGGGAGAACCUCUCACCAUUAUUCGUGGAGAGAUUCAAAGGAUAUAGAGCGACGCCUUCUUCUGGGCUAAGGGUUACCUUCCCUUACGAACCGGGCACCGAUUAUGACUUCUACGAGCGGAUUCCAUUUUGGGAUUCUCCCGAAACAAUUGAAUGGUUCAAGAACCACGGAUAUACAUUGUAUCGACGGAGUGAAUAUGCUGGAGAAGAAUCAGUAACAUUUCCUGUGUUUCCUUCGGAUGCCACGAAUGAUUUUGUUGAAGCCAAUUACCCAUAUGCCCACCAAGAUUUGAGGACACCGGACCCUGAUGAAGGGUACGAGCGAGAUCCUCCUUUGUUGGCCCAAGAAUCGACUGGAAAAAUUGCAUUCGCUCAGGAUUCUCUCAAACGACAUGUUGCAAUCAAACUUGUCCGAGAUGACACUGGCGAAUAUCGAGUGCUACGGUUUCUGAGUCAGCAAAGUAUGGAUGUGCUGAAGGCAAACUGUAUUAUUCCGGUACUCGAUCUUUUACCGAUUGAAGGAUUCUGGUUUGCAGUGAUGCCUAGAUGGGGCACUGCCAUCAACCAGCCUGCUCCGAAAACCCUUUCUGAAACCGUUGGUAUCAUUCAUUCAUGGUUAAAGGGCCUGAACUAUCUGCAUGAGCAUAAUAUCUCCCAUGGUGUUGGUGUCACUUUCCUGAUUCUAUUUUGUGCUUCAAUGAAGGCCUGA